GCCAUCCUAAAAAAUCCUUAACACCAAAAAUCAAUGCCAGCAGUGCGAUGUACAAGCGCUCAACAUAGUACACACUGGGCGGUGAGUUUCCACCGUCCGUAGAAGGGUGGCGCCUUUUCAACCUAGCAACCGUUACCAAAACAAUUGUACUGCGAAGGAACGUAUAUGCAUCGUUGGCUCUUCAGUAGCAGUUUACACCUAGCAAUCAGUUUUCCACACUCUCGGCAGCACAAGGACCGGGGUACAACGUUCCGUCCUGUCUGUCUGCACGUGUGAAACAGUUUAAGUUUUCGUUGCAUAGUGUUAGAUGUUUGUUUUCGAUAAUGAGUUCAUUUCUACGUUCAGUUCGGAACAUUUUUCUUUCUUUUUUCAUUUACCACUCGUAAAUAGUGCAUUUGAUGGAGGUGCACGCUCCGCUGGAAGUAAUGAGCCCCACAAAUCAGUGUAAUGUGUUAUGCAACGUUUUGAAAAGUACCGUCCAACGGAUAAUUCAUUCUCUACAUCAGUGAGUGGGUUGCAAUCAACUUUACUGUUGAUGUCCAAGUGGAAUUGAAGCACAGCCGUACAGGAUGGGGAUUGUUGCCAGUGAGGAGAACUGUUUACGCCACACCUUUCGCUAGUGUAUAUGGCUAUACACCAUCGGUGCGUGUAUCAACUCGCCGCAUCCCCAUAAAUCACAGAAAAGAUACUUUUCCAUCCACUGGCCACCGGGUGAAGGAAAAACGCGGAAUACGCGCGUCAAGGCACCGUGGCACCGUGGCACAGCACGUGCAGUGUGCUCCUCCCGACGGUUAUGUGUGAUCAAUAUCUACCUCCUUUUAGCCGUGCUCCAGCAAGGAGCUUACACUGGAUUCUGGUAAAAUCCUAACCGUCGUCACGGUGGACUCUGCGUGCGAGUGUAUGCGCGUGUCCCGGAACAAAACCAUAGCGCGAAAGAAAACAGUAUCUCUCUUGAUCGUGUACCGUGUUGUACCGUGUGCAUCCCGGCACCAUCAUGGGGCUGUUCGACAAGCUUGCCAACAUGCUGAAAAUCAAAAAGGAACAGAUCAACAUACUGGUGGUCGGGUUGAACAACAGCGGCAAAUCGACGAUUGUGAACCACUUCAAGAACCCGAACGAACGGACCUCCAUCGUUGUGCCGACCGUUGGCUUUAGUGUGGAACGAUUUGAAAUUUGCCUUCUAAUUCCAGAUCAGGGCGUGUUCUUUACCGCGUUCGACAUGUCCGGCGCGACGCGCUAUCGCAGUCUAUGGGAGCAUCACUUCAAAUCAUGCCAAGGAAUAGUUUUCGUGAUUGAUUCGAGCGAUCGUAUGCGCUUGGUGGUCGUUAAAGAUGAGCUGGAGAUUUUACUACAGCAUCCGGAUAUUGCCAACCGCCGUGUACCUAUCCUUUUCUUUGCCAACAAAAUGGACUGCACGGAUGCGCUGUCGAGUGUCAAGAUAGCGGCUGGGCUGGGGUUGGAAAAAAUCAAGGACAAACCGUGGCAUAUUAGCUCGAGCAACGCGCUCACCGGGGAAGGCUUGCAGGAUGGCGUCCAGUGGAUGGUGCACCAGAUCAGAGAAUGCGUUGCGAACAGCAAGGAGCAUCGAUAGAGCAACGCAUUUCAUGUAGCUGAAACUGUGUUUCUUGUGUGACUCAGCCUCGGAACAGCAUCAUUGAUUUAUGUGAUCUCUUUUAUCCUUACUAAUAAAUGCUUAAGUUUGAUUAACCUUGAAGAAUUGCUUCCACUAAAA